UCCCUCAAGGGAGCACGGAGCUGCUGAGAGGACGGACGGACAGACGCCGACGAAAUGUCCAGUUUCCGACAUGGCCUCUUGUUGCCCUGGGUGCUGCUCCUGGCCUGGGCCCUGGGGGUCUGGGCCGGGAAAUCCCCCAUGGAAGAGGCAGCGGCUGAGAAGGCCCCAGCGGGGACGGGCUGGGGCAUUGGCUCGAUGGUGUGGGGGGCUGUGGAUCACUUCGUGAACCCGGUCGUGGACAAGAUCACCACCCGCGAAAACUGGACCUGGAUCUGGGCUCCGGCCCAAAGUUCCCUGGCUCCUGUGGGCGCCUUUCUGGCUACUUACUACGAAGACCACCUGAGUGAUGUGGGGGCCCGGACCAGCCAGUGGUUGCAGAGCGCAAGGCAACGGGCCGUGGGUCGGGCUCGUAGCCUCCUGUGCUUCCCGCUCCUCUGCCAAAGGGAGGGGCUGAAGGAGGGGGAGGGCGACAAGAGCAAGGUAGAGCCUACACCCCCAACCACCUUAAACCUCACCCAGGAAACUUGACCUUAGCCUGGGAAUAAAAGGAAGAACAUGG